CAACUGACUGUGUUCAGGAGAGAAAAACCGAUCAGGGUAAACGGACAUCAACAAGACUCUGAAAUCCACAACAAGCAGAGCAGGCACUUGUCUAGGUUUGGCUGAGAUGGAGGUCCCUUCCUAUCAGUCCAAACUGCUGGGAGAGUUGAAUGAGCAGCGUAGAAGGGGCUUUUUCUGUGACUGCAGCAUCGUUGUGGACGGACGAGUUUUCAGAGCGCACCGCAACAUCCUUUUUGCCAGCAGUGGCUACUUCAGGGCCCUUCUAGUUCACUACCUGCAAGACAAUGGCCAGAGACACAGCACAGCCUCCCUGGACAUCGUCACGCCCGAGGCAUUCUCGAUGAUCCUGGAUUUCCUUUACUCGGGCCGACUGGACCUGCGAAGCGACAACGUCAUCGAGGUGAUGUCGGCAGCCAGUUACCUGCAGAUGACCGACGUGGUCAGUUUCUGCAAGGGCUACAUCCGAUCAUCGCUGGAGAUUUGUAACAAGGGGAAGGAGAGCGAGAGGGAAGGCCCAGCCGACAGCGGCACGCCGGCCUCUGCCUCUAGUCUCUCUGAACCCUUCGCUUCCCAAAGAGAUGGAGGAACUCACCAGAACAUAGAAGCAACCAGAUCUGCUGAUACACCCACUGCUACACUCUCUACCUCUCUGGUGCCCAGUAGCAAAGACUCAGAGAGUGAGGGCUCACAGGGAUGUUUCCCUAGCCAGCAUCCUAAGGAGCUGGCAGUUAAGAACAGCCCAAGGGAGGACAAAGUCAACUCCUCCUCCACCUCAGGUAUGCUGCUGGGGCUGGUGCAUCCUAAAAUUGAGUACGACCCAGACGAGGAGGCUCAAACCUCUCCAGAAUCCAAAGACUCAGUCCUUUUCCAGGGAUCGAACCACGAUGAAGACAGGACUUUUGGUUCCAGUCCAGCACCAAGCAUGGAAACCUCCUCCCUGCCCCUGGCUAACUACCAGGGGAAACCGUUUGUGGAUAUGCUGGUCCGAGGAGGUGCCUACCCCAGCCGAGAACAGCCUUUUGCCCAGAACAUGGGGAACAGUACGGGUGUAGGCCGUAUGGAUGAUGGCUUGAGUCAUGGUAGUUCCUCGAGCAUGGAGAUCCAAAGUGAGUGGUAUGGAGAGGACUCAGGUGAUGUUCUUGUUCCAGUGAAGCUGCAUAAAUGCCCUUUCUGUCCCUACACGGCCAAACAGAAAGGAAUUCUAAAGAGACACAUCCGUUGCCACACGGGGGAGAGGCCUUACCCCUGUGAGACGUGUGGCAAACGCUUCACCCGGCAGGAGCACCUGCGAAGUCACUCAGUCACUGUUCACCGCUCCAGCUGGCCCGUUGUGUGUAAAGGUUGCCGACGCGUCUUCUCAGGUACGGUGUCACAUGGACUGAGACGUUUUGGCCUCUGUGAUGGCUGCACAUGUGUCACAACAACCCACGAGGACAUGGCUUCUAUGAACCUCAGCAGCCAAUCAGAGAGCAUGGAGAGGGGGCUAGGAGACCCUGAUUGGCACAUUUUUACGGAGGAUGGUGAUGAAGCCGAACCUGGCACUGAUGAGCUAGUUGAUAAACAUCAAGGACUGACGUAA